GGAGAGAUACACCAGCCCAAGGACAGCCCGAGGGGAGCCGCGGCCGGCGUGGGAGGCGGCCGUUCCAGAGUGCGCGGCCGUCACCUGGGAGCAGCGCCGGGACCCGACGCGCCGGAGGGGUGCCCCUGAGCGCGGGGCUGGCGGGCAGGCGGAGCCGGGAUCCCACGAGACCCGGGGACACCCUGCACGGAGGCGUGGCCCCGAGACCCUGCGCCGCAUCGCGCGGAUCUAGACCGUAAGCCUCCACAUUGUUCAGCCGUCGCCACCCCAGCUUCUGGUUCGAAUUUAACCUGCAGGCACCGGAAAGACUACCCUGAGAAGGAGAGCAUCUGCCCCUGAAGGUGGUAGGUUUUGCUUUUACAGGCACUGAGGACUGACCCAGCCUGCCUGGAGAGGACUGGCAAAAGUCUCAGAGCCCGGCAGGGAGCGGGCCGCCGUCGGGGCGCGGAGGUCAGGGCGCUGGGCGGGGCUCGAAGGUACCCAGACCCCUGUGAGCAUCUGCACUGAUUUCUUGAGCUGUCUGCUCAUCCACCAGGUGUCCCAGGCCUUAUCCCCAGCCCUCGCUGGGGCGAGUUUUUCUGUGCAAGUUUCUGAUUCUGUUUUGCGAGAUUCCCUUCUCCCUCCUGGAAAGUCUGGCAAAGAACUUCAGGUGCCAGACCUGAGCGCUAAAGACACACGAUCUCCGCAGAGAGGUGCGCCUGGAUGAGGACAAUGGCCGGGCUGGGAUCUGAGCUUCCUUCCGGCCCCGUGGCCCCCAUGCUCCUGUCAUGGCUAACAGGACUAGGGGCUGGAGUGAUCGUCCUGGGCUUCUUGCAGAAAAUCCUGUACCCUUACUUCUGGGACGACUUCUGGUACCUGCUGAAAGUGGUCCGCUGUGGGUUACGGAUGGAGAUGUACAGACUGAAGGGGGAGCUAGUCACUGUCCUGGAUAAGUUCCUGAUCCACGCCAAGAAGCAGCCCCACAAACCUUUCAUCAUCUACGAGGGAGACGUCUACACCUAUCAGGACGUGGACAGAAGCAGUAACAGAGUGGCGCACGUCUUCCUGAACCAUUCCACGCUGAAAAAGGGGGAUAUCGUGGCUCUGCUGAUGAGCAAUGAGCCCGACUUCAUUCACGUGUGGUUCGGCCUGGCCAAGCUGGGCUGCGUGGUGGCCUUCCUCAAUUCCAACGUUUGCUCAAUCUCCCUCCUGCACUGCAUCCUCAGUUGUGAGCCCAAGGCCCUCGUGGUGGGUGCAGAUUUGCUUGGAGCUAUAGAAGAAAUCCUUCCGAGCCUCCCAGAAGGUGUCAGCAUUUGGGGAAUGAAAGAUUCUGUGCCACAAGGAGUAAUUUCACUCAAAGAAAAACUGAGCACAGCAUCUGACAGUCAGGUGCCCCGCGAUUACUAUGUAGCCUCAAGCCUCAAGGCUACUUAUCUUUAUAUCUUUACUUCUGGAACAACAGGUCUACCAAAAGCAGCUGUGAUCUGUCAGCUGCAGUCUGUGAUGGGUUCUGCUGGACUGUGGGCUUUCGGUUGUACUUCUGAUGACAUCGUUUAUAUAACUCUUCCAUUGUAUCAUAGUGCCGGAUCUCUCCUGGGGAUUGGUGGAUGUGUUGAGUUAGGUGCUACUUGUGUGUUAAAGAAGAAAUUCUCAGCCAGCCAGUUUUGGAACGACUGCAAAAAGUAUAAUGUGACUGUGUUUCAGUACAUUGGAGAACUUUGUCGCUACCUUUGCAAACAACCUAAGAGAGAAGGAGAAAAGGAUCACCGGGUGCGUUUGGCAAUUGGAAAUGGCAUACGGAGUGAUGUAUGGAGAGAAUUUUUAGACCGAUUUGGAAAUAUUAAGAUGUGUGAGCUUUAUGGAGCUACUGAAGGAAACAUUUAUUUCAUGAAUCACACCGGGAAAAUUGGAGCAGUCGGGAGAACGAAUUUCCUUUACAAACUAUUUUUCACUUUUGACUUGAUAAAGUAUGAUUUUCAGAAAGAUGAACCGAUUAGAAAUGAACAGGGCUGGUGCAGUCAUGUGAAAAAAGGGGAACCUGGUCUUCUUGUUUCUCGAGUGAAUGCAAAGAAUCCAUUCUUUGGUUAUGCUGGGAAUAAGAAGCAAACAGAAGAGAAAUUGCUCCGUGAUGUGUUCAAGAAGGGAGAUGUUUACUUUAACACAGGAGAUAUAAUAGUCCAAGACCAGGAGAACUUCCUUUAUUUUUGGGACCGUACUGGAGACACUUUCAGAUGGAAAGGGGAAAAUGUUGCAACCACAGAGGUUGCUGAUAUUAUUGGAAUGCUGGAUUUCAUACAGGAAGCAAAUGUGUAUGGUGUGGCUGUGCCAGGUCAUGAAGGAAAAGCAGGAAUGGCUUCUAUUACUGUAAAACCAAAUAAGUCUUUAGACUUGGAAAAAGUUUAUGAACAAGUUGUAACAUUUUUACCAGCUUAUGCCUGUCCAAAAUUUUUAAGAAUUCAGGAAAAGAUGGAAACCACAGGGACAUUCAAACUACUGAAGUUUCAGUUGGUGGAAGAAGGAUUUAGUCCGUUGAAAGUUUCUGAUCCACUUUACUUCAUGGAUAGCUUGAAAAAAGCAUACAUUCCAUUGACCAAAGAAAUUUAUGAUCAAAUAAUGUUAGAGGAGAUUAAACUUUAAGGUUUUUUUUUUAAUAUAUAUGAAAUUUUCAUAUGGUUUCUUAGGAGAGAUGAAAGGGCGCAUAUGUGAUUCUUUAAUAUGAAAUCGGGAGAGGGGACUGUCAUUAAUUAAGCGUGUGCAACAAUUUUUCUUUAAUUAAUAACCAAUUUGUUUUAAUUGAUAACAAAUUGUAGUUGAUUAUUUUCACUUAUUUGGGGAUUCAGUACAUGAGUAAGUAUCUGCCUUAAAGUUUAAAUAUAAUGAAUAAGUGGCUAGCAGUUUAGACUUACUGAUAAUGUACUUUUUAUUAUUCAAAGUUUCUAGGUUUAAGUAAAGGGUUAAUUUUACUCAAAUAUUUGAUUUUUGUGUGCCCUGUCCUAUAACUCAAUAAAGCCGUCUUCAUU